GCCGCGCUGUCCUCGUUCUCUCUUCCCGGUGCGAGCCAGCCGCAGUGUCCACCGGCGAGGAGUGCCCCCGGCCGCGCGCAGGGCGGACGGGCGGAGACCCAGGCGCGGGCUGCGGCCGGGCUGGGCCGCUCUGCCGCGGGCUGGCGGCUCUGCUCCUCCGCUUGCUGCUGUGUCUGGGAGCCGGCUGCCAGCACUGAGGCGUCUCCGGCGGACCGCGACCCCCUGCCCCGGCUCCCCUGGCCGCCCUGCCGGGGAGGGCGGAAGAUGCCGGUGAAGAAGAAGAGAAAAUCCCCUGGGGUGGCAGCGGCCGUGGCGGAAGACGGGGGCCUCAAGAAGUGUAAAAUCUCCAGCUAUUGCAGAUCCCAACCCCCUGCUAGACUAAUAAGUGGAGAGGAACAUUUUUCAAGCAAGAAGUGCCUGGCUUGGUUUUAUGAGUAUGCAGGUCCUGAUGAAGUUGUAGGGCCAGAAGGAAUGGAAAAAUUUUGUGAAGACAUUGGUGUUGAACCUGAAAAUAUUAUUAUGUUAGUUUUAGCGUGGAAAUUGGAGGCUGAAAGCAUGGGAUUUUUUACCAAGGAAGAAUGGUUAAAGGGGAUGACUUCAUUACAGUGUGACUGCACAGAAAAGUUACAGAACAAAUUUGACUUUUUGCGCUCACAGUUGAAUGAUAUUUCUUCGUUUAAGAAUAUCUACAGAUAUGCCUUUGAUUUUGCAAGGGAUAAAGAUCAGAGAAGCCUUGAUAUUGAUACCGCAAAGUCUAUGCUAGCUCUUCUGCUUGGAAGGACAUGGCCAUUGUUCUCAGUAUUUUACCAGUACCUGGAGCAAUCAAAGUAUCGUGUUAUGAACAAAGAUCAGUGGUACAACGUAUUAGAAUUCAGCAGAACUGUCCAUGCCGAUCUUAGUAACUAUGAUGAAGAUGGUGCUUGGCCUGUUCUUCUCGAUGAAUUUGUUGAGUGGCAAAAAAUCCGUCAAACAUCAUAGCAAGAACUAAUGUGAAGAAAAUGCAAACCUUUUGGCACCCAUGUGUACACAGACUAACAAGACGAGGAAAAAAUCCAAAGGGUGCAUUUUCAUUCGUAUGAAAGACUUCUCAUAGUACUUUUUUUUCCUUUUUUUUUAAAGGAAGUUUUCUUGUUACAUGUGAUGGGCAUUGAGCCACACCUCUUCUGAGACUGAAUAUUGAAGCUUUUGUUUUGAGUUAUGUUUAUAACAUUUAUUUCAGAACAAUAAAGAUUCAGAUUUGUGACAAAGGCCUUAAAGUGAA